GGAGAGGCCUCGGCGGCACCGCGCCGCCCCCGACGGCGCCCUCUGGCGGCCAGAGCCGGCACCGUGGAGGAACCGCGGACUCCGCGGUAGCCCCCUAACAUACAAGUGGACCCUCCCGGGGACGCGGGGAGGAAGAGAGAGGCGAUGGCGAGAAGGAAGGAGACCCGGCGGAGGGAGGAGCCCCUCUGGGAAGGUCCCAGGGAGAGUCGGGGCCAUGGCGAUCAGAGAGAGAAGAGGAACGACGUGCUUUUAAAAGGUCGCAACCGAAACGCCCUUUCGAGAGGACGCCAUGAAGGGCAAGACGGUCCCUCCGGGCAGGGCCCCCGUUGAGGACGCCCCGACAACUCGGGGCGGUGGGGCCAGGCGAGCGGAGCCCACCACGCCCGCACGCUCCUCUCCCGGCCGAGGAUGCCCGGAGCCGAUGGCCCCCUAGCGCCGGUCGCUCCGGGCCGCUCAUCCGGGCCGGGGCCCCGCCGCUGAUUGGCUGCGCCGCCGGGCGGAAGUGAUGCUACUGUCACUGGCUCCCCGGGCUCCCGGGAAGCCGCGAGUUUCCGCAGGGAGGCGGCGGCAGCAGCUGCGGCCGGGCCGGUCUGCAGUCUGUGCUCAGAGCCAACACUCCGCAGUGAAAGUGAUGCCUUUUCUCCAGUUGCACAAAAUGAGCGUGAGGUGGUUAGCCAGACCAGGAGCUCAACCUCACACAGAGUCCAGCCUACUGCUCUGAUGCCGAAGGGGAGGCAGAAAGUGCCACACUCAGAUGCCCUCCUGGGCCUACCCGCCUGCCUCUGGCUGGAGUUAGCCGGGCUCUUCUUGCUGGUUCCCUGGGUCAUGGGCCUGGAAGGGACAGAUGGGCCCCGAACCCAGGGUCCAGGGGGGCUAAGCUGGGCUGUGCACCUGGACAGCCUGGAAGGCGAGGGGCCGGAAGAGACUCUGGAGCACCAGGCAGAUGCCUUGGCCCGGGCAGCGGGGCUGCUGAAUGCCGGGCGCAUCGGGGAGCUCCAGGGAUACUUCCUCCUCGUCCAGCCGGCCGGGCAGCAGCAGGAGCAGCAGGUGGAGGCUGUCCGGCGCCAGGCGGAGACUGUGUUAGCCAGGCACGAAGCUGUGCGCUGGCACUCGGAGCAGAGGCUGCUCAAGCGGGCCAAGCGCAGCGUCCACUUCAAUGACCCCAAGUACCCGCAGCAGUGGCACCUGAAUAACCGGCGGAGCCCUGGCAGGGACAUCAAUGUGACAGGUGUGUGGGAACGCAAUGUCACGGGGCGAGGGGUGACCGUGGUGGUGGUGGAUGACGGAGUGGAGCACACCAUCCAGGACAUCGCACCCAACUACAGCCCUGAGGGCAGCUAUGACCUCAACUCCAACGACCCUGACCCUAUGCCACACCCGGACGUGGAGAACGGCAACCACCACGGCACGAGGUGUGCGGGAGAGAUUGCCGCAGUGCCCAACAACAGCUUCUGUGCGGUCGGAGUGGCCUACGGGAGCCGCAUAGCAGGUAUCCGGGUCCUGGACGGGCCCCUCACGGACAGCAUGGAGGCCGUAGCAUUCAACAAGCACUACCAGAUCAACGACAUCUACAGCUGCAGGUACAGCAGAGCCGGGCCACACAGCCUCCGACAGCAGAGCAGCACAUGCGCCGGGGGUCCUCUCCUGGCUUCGACCCGGAGCUGGGGACCAGACGAUGAUGGGAAGACAGUGGAUGGCCCCCAUCAGCUUGGAAAGGCUGCCCUGCAACAUGGGGUGGUUGCUGGCCGCCGGGGCUUUGGGAGCAUCUUUGUGGUGGCCAGUGGCAAUGGGGGCCAGCACAACGACAACUGCAACUAUGACGGCUACGCCAACUCCAUCUACACCGUCACCAUAGGCGCGGUGGAUGAGGAGGGACGGAUGCCGUUCUAUGCCGAGGAGUGUGCCUCCAUGCUGGCGGUCACCUUCAGUGGUGGGGACAAGAUGCUCCGGAGCAUCGUGACCACCGACUGGGACCUUCAGAAGGGCACAGGCUGCACCGAGGGCCACACGGGGACGUCGGCCGCAGCCCCUCUGGCGGCGGGCAUGAUAGCCCUGAUGCUGCAGGUGCGGCCGUGCCUCACGUGGCGUGACGUGCAGCACAUCAUCGUCUUCACGGCCACCCAGUAUGAGGAUCGUCGUGCAGACUGGGUCACCAACGAGGCCGGCUUCAGCCACAGCCACCAGCAUGGAUUCGGCCUGCUCAAUGCCUGGAGACUCGUUAAUGCAGCCAAGAUCUGGACCUCUGUCCCUUACUUAGCUUCCUAUGUCAGCCCCGUGUUAAAAGAGAACAAGGCUAUCCCGCUGUCCCCCCACUCACUGGAGGUCCUGUGGAAUGUCAGCAGGACGGACCUGGAGAUGUCGGGGCUGAAGACGCUGGAGCAUGUCGCAGUGACAGUCUCCAUCACUCAUCCACGACGCGGCAGCUUGGAACUGAAACUGUUUUGCCCCAGUGGCAUGAUGUCCCUUAUCGGCGCCCCCCGCAGCAUGGACUCAGAUCCCAAUGGCUUCAAUGAUUGGACCUUCUCCACUGUGCGGUGCUGGGGGGAAAGAGCGAAGGGGACUUACAGACUUGUGAUCAGGGAUGUAGGAGACGAGAUGCUCCAGGCCGGCACCCUACAGCAAUGGCAGCUGACCCUGUAUGGCUCUGUGUGGAGUCCAGUGGACAUCACGGACAGGCAAAGACUGUUAGAAAGUGCCAUGAGUGGAAAAUACCUGCAUGAUGGCUUCACUCUGCCCUGCCCGCCCGGGCUGAAAAUCCCCGAGGAAGACGGUUACACCAUCACCCCUAACACCCUCAAGACUCUGGUGCUGGUAGGCAGUUUUACCAUCUUCUGGACCGUUUACUACAUGCUGGAAAUAUACCUGAGCCAGAGGAAUGUGGCCUCUCACCGAGCUUGUAGGAGUGGACCCUGCCUCUGGCCCCAGAGAAGCCAAAAAGCUAGGGAGGAGGGGACAGAACUAGAAUCCGUGCCACUUUGCAACAGCAAGGAUCCGGAUGGAGUGGAGACAGAAAGUGAGGGCCCUCCCACCACGUCCGAUCUCCUUGCCCCAGACCUGCUGGAUCGAGGGGACUGGGGUCUGUCCCAGGACAGGAGUACCCUGAACUGCCCUCAUCAUCACCUAGCCCCAGACCUGUUGCAGGGGAAAGAGGAGCAGAUUUGCUGACCCAAGGCCCAACAGAGUCGACAUGAGACAGGCUCUUCCUUUCCAAUGCCGGGAAAGCUUGGAAGGCUGCUCCCGAGUCCCGGGAGCUCUGGGGAGAAGGCAGCCCUGAUGCUACUAACAUCAGGAAUUCACAGGCCGAAAGAGCACCCUCUGACUACACUCAGGGAAGGCGAGGGCCUUCUUAAGGUGCAAUGACAGAGGAAUCGUGCUGGAGAACAGUGUGGCCACAGCCACUGGGUCUUCCUCCGACUGAACAGGAGCUUCUGGUGAGAAGGUCCUGGACAAGGGCUCGGCCCCCCCAUUGGGCAGGCCUGCCUCCUCUCCUCAUUUCUCCCGGGCGAGCUGGUGAUGUGGGUCACAGGGACCCUCACCCAUGCAUGGGUGGGGUGGGGCCUGCUAAGGCCCGAAGAGCCUGUCCACAGAAACGUCACUGGGGUCCCUCCGGAAGAGGGCUCAAGGUGAAGGCUGGGAAGAGCCCGUGGAUAUACGCCUGUCCUUUUAAUGACCCAGAACCUAGAAACAGCAGUUUUUUCCUCUCCCUCCCUCCCGUUCCUGCCUCCGCCUGGAACCCAGGACCUACUGGUAUAGCAGUUAGCCCUCAGCCCAGCACACUGGCCCUAAAAGCAGCUGCCUCCAUGAGCCCUGAUUAGAAGCCAACCUUGAACACACCCCUGACUCCUUCACCAUCGCCCCCCCAACCCUCCAUCCUGAAGGAUCGGUACGAUGCACCUGGAAAAGCCGCGCAUGGGUGCAGAUGGGUGCGGCUCUCCAGAGCCUGCGUGGCUUCAUUUGCUGGGUCUGCAGCGGGACUAUGACAGGGGUCAGCCACUGCCACUCCAGCCCUGCGACCGCCCUGUCUUCCUCUGCAAAGCGCUCAGGGAAAUGGCCUUACCCACUGGAGGCCAGCCGUCUGCCUGACUGGCUGUGACUCCUCCCGGCCUUGGCCUCCUCCCCUCUUCUGAGCUAGUUGGUUGAUCUAAAUUUUUUUCUUUUUUUAAUGCUUAAGAUUUGGGUUUCUCUUUUCACGGCACCAUUUGGUUGAAUGUUUUUCUGCACAGCUUUUCCAAAAUAAAAACCUUCCACGCACCUCUGCUGCUCCCCACCCCCUUCCGUCUGCCUCCCAGAGCUCAUGAAAGUUGCCAAGUCGCUCCUCUUGGCCUUUGGUCCCCGGUCCCCAAGAUUCACUCUCCUCCUUCCUCUGCCUGGGCCUCUGAAGGAAGCUGACCCCCUGGGGUCCUGGAAUUCGAGGGGCCUUCAGAACUGGCGGCCAGGGGCACAGGUAAAUGUUCCCUGCCUCUGGCCUGCUUGUAUCUCCCGGAACCAGAAGUGACAGGGGCAAAUGAAACUCUGCCAGCCAGGCCUGAGAAAAGAUUGAUGUAUGUAUUUGUUUCUUUUUUGAAUUUCAACCCCCAACAUAUUCCAGCAAAAAAAUGGGGGCAGGUUGGGCUGGGUUUCCUUCCAUGGGCAUCUGCUGCCAAGGAGGAUGGCAGACUUGCCCCCUGCCCGGCUACCCCCGGCCCACGUCCCCCUGCCCGGCCCAGGAUGGGGAAAGACGGUGGGAGACGGUAGGGGAGCUGGGAGGAGGGUUAGGGGAGUGGUGCUUUGGGGUAAGAAGUUGGGCUGAGGCUGAGGGGUGGGGGAGAGCUGCCCAAGUGUGGUCACCUUUGCUCAGUGAC